UCACAUUGAUUGCAGCAGAAUCACAAAUUUACACGUUGUCAACAGCAUCCACAUUAAAGUCAUCUCUACCGUAACUUGUCAGGAUCUACCAAAUACAUAAAAUUUUUGGCACAUGCGCAAAUUCAAAUUUUCAACUCGCACAAAAGAUAAAUCAUCAAUUCGGUUUAGACUCUACUACAGUUACUUAUCGUAAUAAGAUUUGUGUUAUAUAAAUUCGUAGUGAUUUUAUUUUAAUUUUAUUCAACAAAUAAGGCUGUCGUGUACAUUAACGAGACAGCAUUGCAAGUAAAUGUUAAUAAAUCUAUAUAAAAAUUGUGCCAUAAGAAAAUUACAAGCAAGCAACAUGCAUUAUAGUUCACAUUAGUUAUACUUAUGUAUGUCCAUAGUAUUGGAUAAAAAAGAAAUAUUCAUAGCUGCUUAUUUCAUGGAAUUCAUGUUUUACUUAAUUUUCCUUUUGUUUGUUUGUGCGAACAUGAAAUAAAGAACGUAUCCAUGCAUCCAGAUUCGAGAUGAACAUUGAAGUGGUUUAUAUAAAUUUAUUGGUAUCCUGGAAUCACUACCUCCACUCUAUAUGUGGGAAUAGUCACGUCGGGUCAUCUUUAUGAAUAACUUUCAGUACAGAGAAAAAACCAAAGAAAAUUUGCAGUGCUUUCUGCCAGACACACAAAAUCGAUAAGCUCAACCACAUCAAUUCACGCAGUGUAAUUGUAUUUUGACAUUUUCACCACCGCCACCGCCACCACCAUCUUCACCAUCAGCAGCGACUGUCGUAAUCACCCUCAAAAGACUAAUUCGCCAAUAUAUUGCUUUCGUCACAAUGUCAUUCAUUAAUAAAUUGAAAUCAACUCCAUUGCCGCCAAUUAAAAAUAUCAUAAAUGUUGCCGUGCAAACAGCUCGUCAGCACAUACCAGAGAAGAAGGACUACGAACAGCCCGGCAGCAAUACAACAGGAACAGCAGCACAGCAUCCACAAGGAAUGUUCAAUGCAGGGGCUGGCGAGGCUCAAUACCAAGCACAAAUUGCUGAAAAACCAACCGAACUGAACCCGUUUCGCAAUCCAAAUGGAUGGACGGAUACAGACACAGGCGAAUACAAGAAUGAGGAAUAUCAGAACACUUCCUUUAUUGCAAAUGAAUACGAUGGAAGAUAUCAGCAAACAGAUGGAUUUAGACAAGGAAGCGUUGCGUCUGAGGGUAGCUCAUUCGUGUGUGAAGGCGAAGGAGGCGGUGGUACAAACAUCGACGAAUAUCAGGCUGCAUGGAAUGUUACUAAUGCCAUUCAAGGAAUGUUCAUCGUAUCAUUGCCGUUCGCAGUGCUGCACGGAGGUUAUUGGGCCAUCAUAGCAAUGAUUGGCAUAGCUUAUAUCUGCUGUUACACGGGAAAAGUUCUGGUGCAGUGUUUAUACGAACCCGACCCAAAUACUGGUCAAAUGAUUCGAGUGCGCGACAGCUACGUUGCAAUCGCAAAGGUCUGUUUUGGCCCAAAACUGGGGGCUCGUGCUGUUAGCAUUGCGCAACUGAUUGAGCUGCUAAUGACUUGCAUUCUUUAUGUAGUUGUGUGUGGUGAUCUAUUAGCGGGCACUUAUCCUCAGGGCUCAUUUGAUUCCAGAUCUUGGAUGAUGUUUGUAGGUAUAUUUUUGUUGCCAAUGGGUUUUUUGAAAUCACUUAAAAUGGUAUCCACACUUUCAUUCUGGUGUACCAUGUCCCACAUUGUUAUCAAUGCCAUUAUUCUCGGUUAUUGCAUAUUAGAGAUUGGAGAAUGGGGUUGGUCCAAAGUACGAUGGAGCAUUGAUAUGGAGAACUUCCCCAUUUCGUUGGGUGUCAUUGUCUUUUCAUAUACUUCGCAAAUAUUUUUACCCUCCCUUGAGGGCAGUAUGGUCGAUCGUUCCAAAUUCAACUGGAUGUUAGAUUGGUCGCAUAUAGCAGCAGCGAUUUUCAAAGCCGGCUUUGGAUACAUCUGCUUUCUAACUUUCCAAGAUGACACACAACAAGUCAUCACAAACAAUCUGCACUCACAAGGUUUCAAGGGUUUAGUAAAUUUUUUUUUAGUAAUAAAAGCAAUACUCAGUUAUCCAUUGCCAUAUUAUGCUGCAUGCGAACUACUGGAACGAAACUUUUUUCGAGGGCCGCCUAAAACGAAAUUUCCCACAAUAUGGAAUUUGGACGGGGAAUUAAAAGUCUGGGGACUAGGAUUUCGGGUAGGUGUAAUAGUUUCCACGAUUAUGAUGGCCUGUUUCAUUCCACAUUUUUCAAUUCUUAUGGGAUUUAUUGGUAGUUUUACGGGCACCAUGUUGAGCUUCAUUUGGCCAUGUUAUUUCCAUUUAAAAAUCAAGGGUCAUCUACUAGAUCAAAAGGAGGUUGCAAAAGACUACCUCAUUAUCAGUCUCGGAGUCUUGUUCGGCGUUAUAGGCAUAUACGACUCAGGAAAUGCAUUAAUUAAUGCUUUUGAACUCGGGCUACCAUUUUAAAAUGGGAAUGGUAAAGCGCAAAUUAUCUCGAAAUUACGUGAAUCGAAAGUGACACACUUUAAGUUAAUCACAUGUAAAAGUUUCAAUAGACAGUUGGUAUAUUAUUACGGAGAAUUGAUUGAUUCAUACAAAUGUAUUUGUGACGUUUUUGUUGCAGGAUAUACGUAUGUAGUAAUUUAGAUGCUUAAUUUGUUCAUACAAUUUUUUUUAUCUUUAGAGUAAGAUAGCUAUAGCCAUUUAACAAUUAGUCAAAAUGGCAAAAUUUAAAAUAAGAAACGAUGUCUUCCAAAUGAUAUGUGUAGAAUUAUAAAACAGAUGUUCUAUACAAAUUGUAACGUGAAAAAUGUCUUCCAAAACGAUCUUAGUAUAAAAAUAUAUACAAUAAUAUUUGAUUAAGAAUAGUACAUACAAAUGCAUCUCCUACAUGUGUUUGUGCUUAGUUUAAGAAUAAUGUUGAAACAUGUCUUCCAAGAUACUUACAUAUAUCAUAUACUUACUAUUAUAGAUAGAUACUUAUAUACAUGUACAUGUAUUGUAUUAUAUGGAUAUUUUUUUUUUUAUUGUUCAAAUACAUUAGAAUAUAUAACCUUGAUUACGUUGUUUUUAUCGAACAAAUUUGUAUUCUUCUCAUAAUCGUGUGUAAUGUGUAAUAAGAUAUUCCCAUCAAAAUAUGUAGAAGAAAAACGGAACUUUCAAACAAAUCGAAAGCCUUCAAACAAAAGCAACCCUUAAACAAUUCGUACCAACAGAUGCAAGCUAUUUUUUAAACCAUAGUAUAUAUUCAAAUACAAUUAGACGCCAAAUUCGAAAGGAAAUGUUUUAACAAGUCAAUGAUGGCUCCUUUUACAACGAAAGAAGUCAAAAGGCGCCAUUUGUUAAAGUGGGAACAGAAUUCCAGAGGGUUUUUGAAAAUUUAUCGUACAACCUUACAUUAAUAGCCGACGUUGUGGCAGCAAAUUUCGUAGCCCUUUUGCUUCAAUGUGGAGGUUGAAACUCCUGAAAUUGUAUACAGGUGCUGUACUUUCUACUGGAACUGGAAACACAUAUAAAAAUAAUACAAUAUAUUCGUCGGUAAUGGUGACA